CGUAGCUUCAGUGUUAAAUAACACCCGCUCACGGCAGUUGAGGGGGGCAGGACUCAUUCCAGAACUAUUAAUAUAGCCCCUAUUUAUACUCCUGGGCUCCUGCGACCAGUGCACGGAGAGCUACAGCUGCAGAGCUAAAAUGGAAUCAAUGUCAGCCGGCAGGGAGACGGCAAUCCUUUCGGCCAUCAUGCAGGAAAGGAGACGAUGAGAGGACAGACCUUGGAGCCGGUCUUGGACCCUGGAGAGCGGAGGGAGCCGAUGGCAGCACCCUGAGGUGGCAGCCAGUGGGCAGAGCCAGCCGUAACAUCCCUCAGCCAGCAAGUCUGUGCUGAGAGGCGGCCAGAAACGCAGACUCAGCGUCACAGGCAGCACCUCCGGCACCGGGAGAGACGAGGCGGGGAUUCGAGCUGCUGCUCUGCUUCUCCAGCACCUGGUGUGACUCAGGGCAAAGCAGCAAAACCCCGAAAGGACAUCUUGGGAGGUGGUGGGGGGGGAGGCUUUAACUGCAAACUGUCUGCUGGGCUGGAAAGAUGAUGGAGAGCACGGGAGGGCCGUAUCUGAACACGGCUGCGGUGACAUCCCCCGUGGGAAUAGCUCGUCUGCUGCAGAUGACGUUUGGAUGCGCUACCUUCAGCCUGGUGGCCCACCAGGGGGGAUUCAGCGCCGCCUACGGCACCUUCUGCAUGUUUGUCUGGACCUUCUGCUUCGCUGUCACCGUCUUCGUCGUCACCUGCGAAUUCACGCACCUGCACAGCUGCCUGAGCAUCUCCUGGGGGAACUUCACGGCCGCUUUCGCCAUGCUCGCCACCCUCAUGUCCGUCACGGCGGCGGUGAUCUACCCACUCUACUUCGUCCAGCUGGAGUGCUACCCCAUCGGCUGCGAGGUGAGAGACUUCCGCAUCGCCGCCAGCGUCUUUGCCGGCCUCCUCUUCUUCGCCUACGCCACCGAGGUCUUCUUAACCCGGGCAAAACCGGGACAAGUCACCAGCUACAUGGCCACCAUCUCGGGGCUCCUGAAAAUCGUGCAGGCCUUCGUGGCCUGCAUCAUCUUUGGGGCACUGGUGAACGACAGCCAGUACGGCAAAUACGUGGCCACGCAGUGGUGCGUGGCCGUCUACAGCUUCUGCUUCGUGGUGACGGUGGUGGUGGUGGCCUUCAGCGUCACAGGUAAGACGGCCUUGCCGUGGUUCCCCUUCGAGCGCUCUGUGGUCAUCUACACCUUCGGGGCCGUGCUGCUCUACGUCAGCGCCGCCGUCAUCUGGCCCGUGUUCUGCUUCGACAGCAAGUACGGCUCCCCCCGGCGCCCUGGCCUCUGUGCCAAGGGCAAGUGUCCCUGGGACAGCCAGCUGGUGGUUGCCAUCUUCACCUACGUCAACCUGCUGCUCUACGUGGUAGACCUGGCCUACUCCCAGCGCAUCCGCUUCAUCUCACACAUCUGAGCUGCGGCUCGGCCGCCCCGGCGCCCCGAGGGACCGUCAUCGGGGACACGGGGAAGGGAACGCACGCAAGAGCCACCAACCAAACUUCGAGGCCAAGACUGACUGGACCAGCAAAUUAAUGACCCGUGGCUGGAGCUGAUGCUGGAAAAAAAGCCCACAUCCUCCCAUCAUCCAACAUCUGCCUCAGCCUCCCAGUGCCAGAGCAGAGAAUCUGCAGCUCAGAGUGUGCAAAAUGGCCUUUCGUCCCCCGGGCCACAGGAACGGUCGCCGCAACAGCGGGGCUGCAGGCGAUGGGCAUCGCCGAGCCAAAUAUUAGGAAAGACACCGAGGGUUUUGAAACUCUUACCAAACACUUAACCGUAAUCAAGUGACUACCCAGGAAGUGGGAAAGUUAAAAGCUGCAUCAAGGAACAGCAGUUCUGGGGAUGAAAAACAAUCCCUCGGAGUUUGGGUUAGUUUGGGCUGUGUGGUGAGAUGUGAAAUGCUUGCAAGUGUGGGAAAUUCCAGGCAGGAUGUUUCUGAGAAGAACAGCAUAGCUGUAAUAGUAUUUUGAAGAUUACCACUCCUUUCCCUCCCUCUCCUCUCCCUCACUGUUUAGCACAGAAAAAGAAUAUCCUUGGGCAUGCACCUUGGGGGAAAGCAGGGGAUAUUCUUAUUCAGCAAACACUGAGUCACUACAGAAAUGAAAAUUUGCGAAAUUGGGGGCUCUGCUGCCAAGAAACAGGGUGCAGAACAGAGACAGACCACAAAAUAACCGUGUGUAACUUGACAUCCUCGCUCCGGCGGGACCAGACGGCACCUUGGCACGUGCCUUGUCUCGGUUCACGUGCCACCGGCUCUUUACGCUGCUGUCAAUAAUUCUUUUUUCUGCGAGCUUAGAGAAAAAUUCUGGGGGAGAGGGAGGGAGGGACACAGAGAUUGAUAGAUCUCU